AUGGCUCCUAAACGAUCUACUCGAUCAGCACGAAACAUCAGUACUCAAGCACAAACUACAUCGACUGAGCAUCCUACAUCAUCAUUGACAAAACGAAUCACAAGGUCAACUACGCAUAUAUCCGAACCAUCACCUUCACGUUCAAGUGACACCUCUUCAUCUUCCUCUGUCACAGGCACAACUCCCCCGUCCGAUCAAGAUAUUUCCCAUAACAUGUUACACCGUGAAUCACAUACGUUACGAGGUAGGAACGUUGAAGAUAUGAAUGAUAUUGAGGAGAAAGGAUUAUUGAGAAGAGAAAUAUCAAUAACGGAUGAUGAAGAUACCAUAUCCUCACCCAGAAGGAGAAGGAGUGGUAAGGAGAAAGAAAGGUUUGAGAAGAUAGAGCUGGACGAGGAAGGCGAAUCGGAAGGUUUAAGCAGUAAAAGAGAUAAAGAAGCUUUUGCUUUACUUGUAUUACUCUACAAAAAAGCUGAUCCCGAUGAUAGGUUACAAGGUAUACCAUUAGGGUUAACAUUCGGUACUCUACCUUUCCUUCUAAAAUCACAUUUAUCAUAUUCUCAAUUAGCAGUAUUCGCGUUAUCUACAUGGCCUUACUCGUUGAAAUUGCUUUGGUCACCUAUAGUAGAUGCUUGGUUUGUCAAAGGUUGGGGAAGAAGGAAAAGUUGGAUUGUACCUGUUCAAGGUAUAGUGGGAUUGGGAAUGUGGUGGAUCGGUGGAAGAGUUGAAGGCUGGUUAAAUGAGGAAACAAUAGAUAUUAGAUUCAUUACAGGUGUAUUUGGCUGUUUGAUAUUGGCAGCCGCCACUCAAGAUAUCGCGGUAGAUGGUUGGGCUCUCACCCUUCUUUCUCAACCUAAUCUAUCAUACGCUUCUACAGCUCAAACGAUCGGAAUUGGAAUUGGAAACGCUUUAAGUUUUACCGUAUUCUUAGCAUUUAACAGUGUGGACUUUUCAAAUAAAUAUUUCCGCUCAACUCCACUCGAGUAUCCUCUAGUCUCCCUAGGAGGAUUCUUACGCUUCUGGGCCGUGGUCUUUGUCUUCAUCACAAUACUAAUCGCUGUAUACAAGACUGAAGAUCCACCUGCUGAAAAUGAUCCCGAUAUGGACGUGAAGAAAGUGUAUAAGAUCAUGUGGAGUAUUGUACGACUGAAAAAUAUUCAAUCAUUCCUCUGUGUACAUCUGGUAUGCAAGAUUGGAUUUAUGGUGAACGAUUCAGUGACAGGACUUAAAUUGCUUGAAAAAGGAUUAUCAAAGGAAGAUUUAGCAAUAGCUGUUUUAUUGGAUUUUCCAGCUCAAAUGGCUGUAGGAUGGUUAGCAGCUAAAUGGUCACGUCCCACUUCAACUUCAUCAAGACAUCCUCUAACUGGUAAUGGCAGUGGUACUAGUAAUAAACAGGAAGAAGGUUCAACGGUACUCAGACCUUGGUUAUACGCUUUCUGGGCAAGAUUGAUCAUGGCAAGUAUAGCUACUUUAGUCGUUAAAGGUUUUCCAAAAGGUCCAAUUGGAAAUGGAUAUUUCACUUUAGUAGUUUUGACCACUUUACUCUCUUCUUUGACUAGUACCGUUCAAUUUGUUGGAAUAUGUGCUUUCCACACUCAAAUAGCUGAUCCUCUAAUCGGCGGUACAUACAUGACUCUGCUGAAUACAGUAUCGAACUUGGGUGGAACAUGGCCUAAACCAUUAAUAUUACGUUCAGUCGAUUUACUCACAGUAGCAACGUGUUCCAUACCAUAUUCGACUUUAUCGGAAAAAUCAGCUUUGGCAACGACUCCGAAUGAGUGUAUUUCAGAGAUGGGUAAACAUGCAUGUUCCAAUGUAGGAGGUGAAUGUAUUGUCGUCAGAGAUGGAUACUAUAUUAUGAGUAUGGUUUGUGUAACUCUAGGAGCGGCGAUAUUGAUUGGAUUCGUAUUACCUACAAUCAAGAAGUUAUCCGCUUUACCAAUGUCCGCUUGGAGGGUGAAGAUACCUAACUAG